AAAUGGAGUGGCUUCACUGUAACAACUGUUUUCAGAGAGAUGGAAAGACAUUCGUAGUGUCCAGCUGUGGCCAUAUAUUUUGUGAGAAGUGCAUAAAUACAAGUCAGUGCCGAGUCUGUCAUGUCAGCUGUGACUACCUCCCAAUAUCCGACAAGAUGAAACCUCAGGAAAAGAUGUUUUUCGAAGAUCCGAUGAAACUAAUUCAGACUCGGCUGGAACACAUUGUGCAGAUUGCCAUUUUUCAGAAAAGGCAGAAGGAUCGAGCAAUAGCUUUCUAUAGAAGCAAGUCUAUGGAGCUAGAACGAAGACUGAAAGAAGUCCGUGAUCAAUGCACCAGGCAAGUGUCUGAGCUCAAAAGAGAGAACGAAGAACUCAAGAAACCACUUUCUCAGAGAAGGACGUCUCCUGGGACAUAUCAGAUUAAUGGAGGUACUCCAAGAAUGACACUUCCUGUGGCUGUCACAUCACCAGUCACACCUCGCUCUAGACCUGUCAGUUCGAGUGAUACUUUGGAGAGGUUUAGACAUACCAGACUCGGCAUGGCAACUCCACCAGGUUCAUCUGUCUCUAUGUCAAGCCCAAGUUCAGUACGCGAACAUAAUUUCCGAACACCCAGCUCAGUUAACACCCCCACAAGGUCCCAACAUACAACCCCAAACUUUCGGUUCCAGCUUUUGACUAUACCUACACUCCAGUCACCACGAUCAAGAAAUGUUCAAUAGUCAUUUGUAGCUGUUUAAUUCAGGGCAUUAGAAAGCCACUAUACAAU